UGUUCUCUUGGGGAUUAAUGGGGGGUUGUGGGGGAGGGGUAGGCGCGCUCUCGCAUGCGCACUGCGGCCCCUCCUGUUGGCUCGUCGCUGUCCGCUGGGCGGGGGCCCGGCCCCGCCCCUCUCCCGUCCGGGCGGCGGCGGCGGCUACAGCGGCGGCUGCGGUGGUGGCGGCAGCGACGGCGGCGGCGGCGGCGGCGGCAGCAGCAGGCUGCGCGGUGCCUUCUGGGAACGGAAUCCCCAGGGCUGCCCCUGGCCCCCAUGGCGCAUGCGCGGGAGGCCGCUCGGUGAUCCGCGGCGGCGGCGGCGGCGGCGGUGCUUCCUGCUAGGACCGGCCGGGGCCGUACCGGAGGCUCGGGCUCCACCGACCCUCCUCCCACCCCCUCCCACUCACCCUCUGGGCCGCGACUGCGCAGGGCGGGGCCGGCCGAACCAUGGGCCGCGGUGUGGGCUAAGCUGGCGGCCCUGGCUUUGGACUGGACCCCACAAUGUUUGCAGACAUGUUCAGGCACGCGGGAGCUGACUACACACAAUGAAUGGGGGCAAUGAGAGCAGUGGAGCAGACAGAGCUGGGGGCCCUGGGGCCACAUCUGUCCCCAUUGGCUGGCAGCGCUGUGUGCGAGAGGGUGCUGUGCUCUAUAUCAGCCCAAGUGGCACAGAGCUGUCUUCCUUGGAGCAAACCCGGAGCUACCUCCUCAGCGAUGGGACCUGCAAGUGCGGGCUGGAAUGUCCACUCAACCUCCCCAAGGUUUUCAACUUUGACCCUUUGGCCCCGGUAACCCUGGGUGGGGCUGGGGUGGGGCCAGCAUCCGAGGAGGACAUGACCAAGCUGUGCAACCACCGGCGGAAAGCUGUUGCCAUGGCAACCCUGUACCGCAGCAUGGAGACCACCUGCUCACACUCUUCUCCUGGAGAGGGAACGAGCCCCCAGUUGUUCCACACUGUGUCCCCAGGGCCCCCCUCUGCCCACCCUCCCUGUCGAGUUGCAACGACUCCACUCAAUGGAGCCCCUGGCUCCCUGCCCCCUGAACCACCUUCAGCUCCUCAGCCAUUCCCCCCUCUAGCAGGCCCUGGGGGGCUCUUCCCGCCACCCCGGCUUCCUGACCCAGUACCCUCUGGGGGUAACAGCAGCCCCUGUUUUCUUCCCAGGGGCAAUGCCCCUUCCCCAGCCCCACCACCUCCUCCUGCCAUCAGCCUCAAUGCCCCCUCCUACAACUGGGGGGCCUCCCUACGAUCCAGCCUGGUGCCCUCCGACCUGGGCUCUCCCCCAGCCCCCCAUGCCUCCUCCUCGCCACCUUCAGACCCUCCUCUUUUCCAUUGUAGUGAUGCCUUAACUCCCCCUUCCCUGCCCCCGAGCAAUAAUCUCCCCGGUCCCACUGGUCCCCUCUGUCCUGCCACUCAGCCACCAGUGUCUUCAGCCACUAUGCACCUGCCCCUGGUCCUGGGACCGGCCCCCACGGUGGAGGGGCCUGGGGCACCCCCUUUCCUUGCUAGCAGCCUCCUCUGUGCAGCGGCCAAGGCACAGCAGCCCCUGUCCCCCCUUCCCAGCACUUUACAGGGCCGAAGGCCCCGUGCCCAGGUGCCCUCCACUUCCCAUUCAGCAUCGCCCCGUCCCUCUCAGCGUCGUCCCCGGCGCCCCCCUACUGUACUGCGAUUGUUAGAAGGGGGAGGCCCUCAGACCCCUAGGCGAAGUCGCCCUAGGGCCCCUGCUCCUGUGCCCCAAGCCUUUCCUCUCCCAGAACCAUCCCAGCCAAUUCUCCCUUCCGUGCUGUCCCUGCUGGGACUCCCCACUCCUGGCCCUUCCCAUUCUGAUGGAAGCUUUAACCUUUUGGGGUCAGAUGCACACCUUCCUCCUCCCCCAACCCUCUCCUCAGGGAGCUCCCCCCAGCCCAGGCACCCCAUCCAGCCCUCCCUGCCUGGGACCACCAGUGGCAGCCUCAGCAGUGUGCCAGGUCCCCCUGCCCCACCAGCUGCCUCCAAAGCCCCCGUGGUGCCCAGCCCUGUGCUUCAAAGCCCACCAGAAGGGCUGGGGUUGGGGGCAGGCCCGGCCUGCCCUCCACCACCUCUGGCUGGAGGGGAAGCUUUCCCCUUCCCCAGCCCUGAGCAGGGCCUGGCGCUGAGUGGAGCCGGCUUUCCUGGGGUGCUGGGGGCCUUGCCCCUCCCCCUGAGUCUGGGGCAGCCUCCGCCUUCUCCAUUGCUCAGCCACAGUCUGUUUGGUGUGCUGGCGGGUGGAGGUGGCCAGCCUCCCCCUGAACCCCUGCUGCCCCCACCAGGGGGACCCGGUCCCCCUCUCGCCCCAGGCGAGCCGGAAGGGCCUUCGCUUCUGGUGGCCUCUUUGCUUCCACCACCCCCAUCUGACCUUCUUCCACCCCCUUCAGCACCCCCUAGCAACCUGUUGGCCUCUUUCCUGCCCUUGCUGACCCUGGGCCCCCCAGCUGCGGAUGGGGAGGGAUCUGCAGAGGGAGCAGGGGGUCCGAGUGGGGAGCCAUUUUCAGGUUUGGGAGACCUACCCCCCCUACUGUUCCCCCCACUUUCAGCACCCCCUACCCUCAUAGCUUUAAAUUCUGCGCUGCUGGCUGCCAGCCUGGAUCCCUCCUCCGGGACACCCCCCCAGCCCUGUGUCCUGAGUGCCCCCCAACCUGGACCACCUACCUCCAGUGUCACCACGGCAACUACUGACCCGGGGGCCUCCUCUCUGGGCAAGGCCCCCUCCAACUCAGGGAGAUCUCCCCAACUCCUUAGCCCUCUGCUGAGUGCCAGCCUGCUGGGUGACCUGUCCUCACUCACCAGCAGCCCUGGACCCCUCCCCAGCCUGCUGCAGCCUCCUGGCCCCCUUCUCUCUGGCCAGCUGGGGCUGCAGCUCCUCCCUGGAGGGGGAGCUCCUCCACCCCUCCCAGAGACUUCUAGUCCCCUGGCCUGCCUGCUACAGAGUCUCCAGCAGAUUCCUCCAGAGCAGCCAGAAGCCCCCUGUCUGCCCUCUGAGAGCCCCACAUCAGCCCUGGAACCAGAGCCUGCCCGGCCUCCCCUCAGUGCCUUAGCCCCACCCCACGGUUCUCCCGACCCCCCAGUCCCUGAGCUGCUCACUGGGAGGGGGUCAGGGAAACGGGGCCGGAGGGGAGGAGGGGGACUUAGGGGCAUUAAUGGUGAGGCCAGGCCAGGCCGGGGUCGAAAGCCUGGCAGCCGACGGGAGCCUGGCCGAUUGGCCCUCAAAUGGGGGACACGUGGUGGCUUCAAUGGACAAAUGGAACGGUCCCCACGAAGGACCAACCACUGGCAGCACAAUGGGGAGCUGGCUGAAGGCGGGGGUGCUGAGCCCAAGGACCCACCCCCUCCGGGACCGCAUUCUGAGGACCUGAAGCCCAUCCUUUCUCAGGUACCCCCAGGGAUAGUCAGAAAGUCUCGUCGUGGCCGGAGGAGAAAAUACAACCCUACCCGGAAUAGCAAUAGCUCCCGCCAGGACGUCACCUUGGAACCCAGCCCCACAACCAGAACGGCUGUCCCUCUGCCUCCCCGGGCCCGCCCUGGCCGUCCUGCCAAAAACAAGAGGAGGAAACUGGCCCCAUAACAGCCAUACCUGGAGCUGGAUUUGACCCUGACUGGGGAGAGCUGAGUGCUGAGCCUUGGGAGCCCCUGCCAGCCACCUGCACCUGUGGACAGUGGGUGGGGGCACGACUCCCCACUCAGAGCACAAAUGCAACCCCUUCUUCUACAAUCCCAUCCUGAGCCAUUGCAGGGGGUAGGGAAGCUCCCCCUCGCCCCCAAAGCCAUGUCACUGAAAAGGCCUGGGGGUGGUGUAAGACCCGUUCCCCACCAGGCGCUAAGGGGGACACCCCUUUCUCCAGGUCUUUUAUUUGUUUUAAGUUAUUUUUGCACAAAUAAUUCUUUUGUAUUUAAUUCGACUUCAUUGCCUCCCUUGAAGCCAGCAGGCUCAGUUUACAAACCUGUGAGCUACUGUUGGCUGCUGCCCUCCUUCCCAGUGAAAGGUACAAAGCAAUAAGCAUCAUGCAUCCCCCGCUUCCCCCUCCAAUGCCCUCUGCCUCUGGCUCAGGUUGCUCCAAGCACAGGCCCCUCUUCCCCGUCCCCAGGUUUGAAACACAUGGCCUCAUUUCAGGGUGUAGCCAGGUCCCCUCGACUUUCCUCUGGGACACGGAAAGGGGAUAAGGGGGGGCAAAGAGCCCUCUGGGCCUCUCCUCCCGUACACACUACACUACCCCUUCUCCCCCAUCAAAACGCUCAGAGACGUUGUGAUGAUGAUGCGACUGAGGAUUAUGCAACGUGGUCCAACCGGAGCGGCCAGCACGACCAGCUGUCCAGGGGCUGCCUCCUGCCUUUUCUUUUGUAAAGACAAGACCCUUGGGAGUUUUAAUUCUGUUUUGUACUUGCCCUGUGGGGCCUCCACUGCUUUUCUAUGGGAGACACUUAAUUUAACAGAUGAGAAUAUUUUGAAACUCUG